CUCCAUUCUUCAACUCCGUCGCGAACAAACAUUCCUCAAGCAUUUCCUAAAUGACAGCUGUGACAUGCAGGCCCAGCAUCAAGAAGGGCUAGUGUAAUCCAACUAGCGCCGCCCAAUCUUUCCCAGUCCCAGUUGAUCGACAUUCUCUCGGACGUCAUUCUAUCCGACGGACAGGGUGAUCUGAUCUGAUUCACCCCGAUCGCCGCGCCAAGUUCCCUUGCUAACAGCCCACACUCGAGGCGAGAGGGUGCGGUUUGUUUCUGUCUUCUUUACUACACCUCUUCAUCGACCACAUCUUUUGAAGUGCAACCGAGCACAAAAUGGACCCAACCCUCGAUCCCCCACUCCCACCACCCCCGCGUCGCAUUCACCACCGCGCCUCGCCAACCCGCCGCCACCACCACAACCACCACAAUCACCACAACCACCACAACCACCACUCCCGCCUCACCCUAACCGCCCGCUCCCGCUGCGACGACCGCUCCAGCCAACCCUCCAGCGACCCCGCCUUCUUCUCCAGCGACGAUGUCCCCGGCUCCGGCGGGCUGGAGAACUACACCGGCUCUGCUGCGGCAGCAACGGGGGGGUCUGGGAGUCGGAAGCGCCGGUAUCGCGGGACGUGGUGGGGGGAGAAGAUGAUGUCGUCGGGGGGGCAUCAGCCGCAACCAUCGCAAGGUCAAGAGGGUCCCAAGCGCAAUAAGAGGGUGGAUUUUCGAGAGAAGAGGUUGGUGGAUAGUGGGGUUUGGAUGGGGAGUGAUGAUUCUGUGGCGGGAGGGUUUUUGGGCUCUGAUGCGUCGUGGGGGGAGGAGCAAUGGGGGGAGCAGGUUUCUGGAAUUACGAGUUCGCUCGGUCAGGGUCAGAGAGCUACCUUGGGAGGAGGGCUGAGGCGUGGAAUCGAGGAAGAGCCCAGGGAGCAUCAGAUCGCGCGGGCGAUUGUGAACGACUGUCUGGAGAGGGGGGAUGAUAGUGUGGAUUUGAGCGGCGGAAACCUCCGCAGCAUCCCAUCCGGCCUGCUGCGUCCGCUGCAGCACCUCACCAAACUCCCCGCCAUCACGGAACCCCCCGUCACGGAAGACGUGUACACCUCGCUCGAGCCGUUCCUGCGCUUGUUCCUCGCGGGGAACGCCCUGCCCACGCUAUCCGGCGAGCUCUUCGAGCUGGACACGCUGCGUGUCCUGAGCCUGCGCAACAACAAGCUCACCGCGAUCCCGCCCGCGAUCCGCCGCCUGACCAUGCUGCAGGAGCUCAACCUCUCCGUCAACCGGCUGCGCACCCUCCCCUGGGAGCUGCUGUGGCUGAUCCGCAAAGGCGACCUGAAGCAUCUCACCGUGCGCCCGAACCCGCUUCUGCAGAUCGAUGACGGGGACCAAGACGAGGCGGCAGCGGCGGUCGUGGCUGAGUGGCACGUCCCCCGCGAGCUGCGGUCGUGCGUCUACGACGGCCCCGCGCCCGAGGAAGCCUGGGCCCCCGUGCACGUCGCCACGGGGCCCGUCCGUCGCUACAAUGCUGAAGGCGUGCUGCUGCCGGUCGAGCUGCAGCAGCAGUUGACGGCAAUGGAGCUCGAUACCGACGCCGACGCUGCCCCCCAGGACGUGAUGCCUCCAACUGCCUCGCGCGUCCCCUCCCUCCGCGAACUCGCCCUCCUCUCGCUCACCCGCUCCCCGGCAUUCGAUCUCCUCCACGACGCGGAGCUGGCCGGCUACCCGGCCUUGAUGCUGCGGCUGCUGCGCGACGCAAGGGAGGUGCGCGCGGCCGGCGGCCGCAGCUGUUCCGUGUGUCACCGUGGGUUCGUGCUCGCGCGCACCGAAUGGAUCGAGUGGUGGGACUGCAGCACGUAUGAGAACGGGUUGAAGGGCCCGCGGCCGUCCGGGGAGACUCUGCGGCCGUUGCCGUUCCGGAGGUUGGGGUGUAGUUGGGGGUGUGUGCCUGGUGCCGAGAUUUGAGGGGGGAGGGAGUGUGGGGUUGGGUGUGUAUAUACUGUGGAUCCGGGGAUUCUGUAAUGGUUUGGGGGUUGUGUAUGUACUGGACAUUGUUUGUAUCUUUAUGGCAUAUACUUAGAUCAUCUGCUGUCUGUCGGCUUUUGAAGGCAGGAUGAGCAAGCGACUUUGACUGAUUUGUUUGAGCAUGUUCUUUUGUUCGUUCGAAUGUUUGCAUGAUGCCUC